AAGCUUGUAUUGUUGCAAUGAAAGUGAAAAAUCCUAUUUAAGCCAAAGCAACCUCAGGGUGUAACCCUAGUUCCACUAAGCCACCCUCCAUUUGUCUUAGCAACACAUCCCCUUUUCCAUUUCCAUUCCAAAAACCCUUAACUUAUUCACUCAUUCUUCAGCACUUUGUCAUCUUCAACCCUCUUCACUUGGUUACACACAGAGGGGCCACAGAGUUGUGCCGCCAUGUCCGACGAGGAAAGGGAGGAGAAGGAGUUGGAUCUUUCUUCUGCCGAAGUGGUCACCAAAUACAAGACAGCUGCUGAGAUCGUUAACAAGGCCUUGAAGCUUGUUAUUUCGGAAUGUAAACCUAAGACCAAGAUUGUGGAUAUUUGUGAGAAAGGGGAUUCAUAUAUUAGAGAGCAAACUGGAAAUGUGUACAAGAAUGUGAAGAGGAAGAUUGAGAGAGGAGUUGCUUUUCCUACAUGUAUAUCAGUAAACAAUGUAGUCUGCCAUUUCUCUCCACUAGCCAGUGAUGAGGCAGUGUUCGAAGAAGGUGAUAUAUUGAAAAUUGAUAUGGCUUGUCAUAUAGAUGGUUUCAUUGCUGCUGUGGCUCACACCCAUGUACUUCAGGAAGGUCCUAUCACAGGAAGGGCAGCAGAUGUCAUUGCUGCUGCAAAUACUGCUGCAGAGGUGGCCUUGAGGCUUGUCAGGCCAGGAAAGAAGAACAAGGAUGUUACUGAAGCAAUUCAAAAGGUUGCUGCUGCCUAUGACUGUAAAAUUGUUGAAGGUGUUCUUAGUCACCAAAUGAAGCAGUUUGUUAUUGAUGGGAAUAAAGUUGUGCUUAGUUUGUUUAAUCCGGACACAAGGGUUGAAGAAGCAGAGUUUGAGGAGAAUGAAGUUUAUGCUAUAGAUAUAGUAACAAGCACAGGGGAUGGCAAGCCUAAGUUAUUGGAUGAGAAGCAGACAACUAUUUACAAGAGGGCUGUUGACAAGAGUUAUCAUCUGAAGAUGAAAGCUUCUAGGUUUAUUUUUAGUGAGAUAAGUCAAAAGUUUCCAAUCAUGCCAUUCUCUGCUAGAGCUUUGGAAGAGAAAAGAGCUCGUCUGGGUUUAGUUGAAUGUGUCAACCAUGAACUCUUGCAGCCAUAUCCUGUUCUGCACGAAAAGCCUGGUGAUUAUGUCGCACACAUCAAAUUCACAGUCUUGUUAAUGCCAAAUGGGUCUGAUCGAGUCACAUCUCAUCCACUCCAAGAAAUGCAGCCUACAAAAUCAAUUGAUGAUCCUGAUAUCAAGGCCUGGCUAGCCUUGGGCACGAAAACAAAGAAGAAAGGUGGUGGAAAGAAGAAAAAAGGUAAGAAAGGGGACAAGGUAGAUGAGUCAGUUGAAGCUGAGCCUAUGGACUCAACAAACGGGGCUACUCCUCAAGAUUGAGUUAUCCCAGUCCUCCAGAAAAAAUGAAAGAAGAUUUUCAUUUCAUUUUCGAGCCUCCUUUUUCAAAUUUGGUACAUUGUUCACCAAAUUGUAUUUUUCUUGGAUAUGAAUUUUAGUAUAGUAUCCUGACAUUAAUUCUAACUGUAAUUUUACCUUUGAACAUUUUAGUUAUAGGCGUGGGACUGUUUCUGAACCGGUUUGAAAAGAAUAUGUUUCGAGCUGAUUUCUAUAA